CUUGGCAGUACUUUCAAGAAACAACUCAGAUGUAGAAACAAUAUUAUGGUUAUGGUCCUAUUCUUCAGGUUUUCGAUGGCUUUACACUCAAUUAUCUGUAGACAGUGCUUCACUGAAAAAGGUUAUGUUUGUGGCUGAGGUAACAAGUGGAGGUGUUGCCUUAGAUGACAUCAGUAUUUUGUCAAAUGUUUGCCCAUCACAAGAAAUCUGCACUUUUGACUCAGAAGAUAUGUGCAACUACAGGCAAGAUCCAGCUAACUAUAUCAUCUGGGAGUUGAAAUCUGGCAGCAGUAGUGAUGUUCUGUUUAAUAUUAUUGAUCACACUACAAAGACUUUAGCUGGGAAUUUCUUGUACCUGAACCUGGAGCAAGCUGGCAAGGAAGGCAAAGAAGCUGGACAUUUGGCAAGAAUUUUUUCCCCAGUGUAUGAAGCAACUGAAGGAAGUUGUGUAUCAUUCUGGUAUCACAUGACUGGAGUAAUGAAGGAAAGUCUCAACUGUUAUCAGUACACUUCAUCUGGUUUGUCAGAUCCUAUCUGGAGCACUGAAGGUGAUCUUGGACAGUACUGGUAUGGAGCAAGUUUCUCCGUAUUAUCCCCUAAACUGCCAUGGCAGGCAGCAUUUGAAGUGCUUCUAGAUGAAAAAGAAAAGCUCAGGUUGCCUUGGAUGAUAUUGUAGUUACAGAAGGCUUUUGUCCACCACCAGGUUUCUGUGAUUUUGAAGGUGAAAAUUGUCUAUGGCAGAAUGUUCAUGAAAACAAAGGUUUUCUAUAUG